GCUCCCACCAUGAGUGCCGAGCUCAACGUGCCUGUGGCGCCUUCUACACCCGCCUGCUCUGAGCCCGGCCAUAAGGGCAUGGAUUACCGGGACUGGGUCCGCCGCAGCUACCUAGAACUGGUCACCUCUAACCACCACUCAGUGCAGGCCCUCUCCUGGAGGAAGCUCUACCUGAGCAGGGCCAAGCUGAAGGCUUCCAGCCGGACCUCUGCACUACUCUCUGGCUUCGCCAUGGUAGCUAUGGUGGAAGUGCAGCUGGAGACACAGUACCAGUACCCGCGGCCGCUGCUCAUCGCCUUCAGCGCCUGCACCACGGUGCUGGUGGCGGUGCACCUCUUUGCCCUGCUCAUCAGCACGUGCAUCCUGCCCAACGUGGAGGCGGUGAGCAACAUCCACAACCUCAACUCCAUCAGCGAGUCCCCACACGAGCGCAUGCACCCCUACAUCGAGCUGGCCUGGGGCUUUUCCACCGUGUUGGGCAUCCUGCUCUUCCUGGCCGAGGUGGUGUUGCUCUGCUGGAUCAAGUUCCUGCCCGUGGACUCGCGACCCCAGGGCGGCGCCCCACCCGACCCUGGCAGCCACACAGGCUGGCAGGCCGCCCUAGUGUCCACCAUCAUCAUGGUGCCGGUGGGCCUCAUCUUUGUGGUCUUCACCAUCCACUUCUACCGUUCGCUGGUGCGGCACAAAACCGAACGCCACAACCGCGAGAUUGAGGAGCUGCACAAGCUCAAAGUGCAGCUGGACGGUCACGAGCGCAGCCUGCAGGUCGUGUGAGG